AUGGCUGCAGAUAUCCCCAAGAAAAAGUUGAACAACGGUAACGAGAUCCCCCAGAUCGGUUACGGCACCUUUGGUGGUGCUGAUGCUCCCGACUUGGUUUACAAGGCUGUCAAGGUUGCUCUUGAUUGUGGCUACCGCCAUUUUGACACUGCUUAUCUUUACCAAACCGAAGAAUCGCUUGGCAAAGCUAUUCGUGAGAGCAAUGUCCCUCGUGAAGAAGUUUUCGUCACUACCAAGUUGUGGGGUACUUUCCGUAAGCCCGAGCAUGUGCGUCCUGCCUUUGAACGUUCGCUCAAGGAUCUCCAAUUCGAAUACAUUGAUAUGUACAUGUUGCAUUGGCCCAUGGCUUGGGAAUUCCAUGGUUAUGAGCAUGAUAAGCUUCAAGUAAAGGAUGAGAAUGGUGAUCUCAAGGUCCUCGAUAUUCCUCUUAUCGACACAUGGCGUGAAAUGGAAAAGCUCGUCAAGGAUGGUCUUGUGCGUAACAUUGGUGUUUCCAACUGCACCAUCCCCAUGCUUGAGGAGUUGCUCGAAAAGGCUGAAAUCCCUCCUUGCAUGAAUCAAAUUGAAAUCCAUCCCAGCUUGCCCCAAGAAGAAAUGCUCAAGUGGGCUAACGAGCACAACAUUGCAUUGACUGCAUACUCCCCUCUCGGUAACCCCGGCUUCUCGUGGUUUGCUUCCACUGGCCACUCCAAGACUCUUGAAGAACCCGCUGUCCUCAAAGCUGCCGAAAAGUAUGGCAAGACACCUGUGCAAGUGUUGAUCAAUUGGGGUGUUGCUCGUGGUUAUUGCGUCAUUCCCAAGUCGGUUACUCCCGAACGCAUCAAGGCCAACAUUGAAUACUUCAAGAUGGAUCCUGAGGAUGUUGAGGAGAUUACAAAGAUUGGUCGCACCAGCCCUGUGCGCACUUGUGAUCCUGUUUUGAUGUUUGGUCCUUCCAACGACGUCUUUGGUGAGCACAAGAAGAAGGAUUAG